CGUCGAUAACACAAACACUUAACUGAUAUUUAAACCCCGGUGUAAUAUAUUGUUAACGUUUAAAAUAGUUAAAAUUCAAAUCCUUACGUACAUAACAAGGCGAUUUCCUCUCAUUUUUAUAGCCGAAUUUACUUUUGAUCUGAAUGGAAAGGAUUAAAUGGUUUAAUGUGGACUAACAUUUCGGCUAUUAUUCUACAUUCUUACAUAAAAAUAGGCUACGUCUGUUCAAAUAAAUCUUCAUAUCAUUUCGUACGGAAACUAGAAACAAAAUGUGUAUAUUUGUUAAUACAGGCUAAUAGAAGGGGUAAUUUUCUCGCCAUGGAAUGGAAUACUCAAAGCUGAAGAAUGCAUUACAGAUAAAAGUAUUAGGAAUGAAAGGCAAAGACAUUUAUCACUAAGGGAAUAUACAUUAGUGGUAUUCGGAUAGUUCAACCGCCAUAUGCAUAACAAUGGCGGAUAAAGUUAAACGAACACUUGAGUUUCGUAUGUCUAAGAAAGUGGCCGAGUUAACUCAAGUUGUACACAUGUUAUUCACUCGGAACCAUGAAAAAGAAGUUGAAAUCGACGCUUUAAAGGAAUCAUACGAAGACGAGAUAACGCACGUAAUUGAAGAUGGAAGAACGAGAAUUGGAAAACUUGAAAAUAAAGUUGUUGAGUUAGAAAGGAAAUUAGAACGGGAAAGAAAUAAGCAAACAGAAAUAAUCAAAGAAGUUGUUGCCCAGGAAACUAGUGACAAAGAAGAUGAGUGGAGAAGAAAACUUGUGGCAGCAGAAAAAGCUUUAAAUGAUGAAAAACAGGAAACUCAAAACCUCAGGGAUCUUCUUAUAAAUGCACAAAAAGACAUUGAAAAAUUAAGACAAAAAGUAGAAGAGCAAUUGAAUUCUAAAACGGAUGAAAUACAAAGGAGGGAGGCAGAAUUGUCAAAUCUUAGAAAACAAGUGUCUGAUUUAGAAAGGUCUUUGCAAACUAAGCAAUUGCAGGCAAACGAAACGAUCAAAAACUUAGAAAGAAAUAAUGACAAAUUAGAAAAGGAAUGUCUAGAAAUGCAAUUGUUGUUAGAUGAGACACACAAAGUGAAAGAAAGUUUAAUAUCUCGUGUGAAACUAUUAGAAUCAGAGUUAAGAUCACUACGAAAGGAUUUUCAGAAGAAAGUAUCAGACGUUGUUCAACAAAACCAGGUCGUUAAAAUCCCAAGAACAGCUCCUGUACAACAAUCGUUUUCGGAUUAUAAUGACGAAUUGGAGAAACUACGUGCGGAAGUUCGUCGAUAUCGCUUAGAGCUUCAAAACAGGGACAAUAAUUUCAACCGAGUAUUCACGGAACAUCAGCCAUUGAUAAUAGACCCGAAAGCAGGAAUGAUUGGCGUGAAUUCUAGUCAGGUGCUUAGACAAUCCACACCCACACAUACCCAUAUAUCCGCCCUUGCCGUUCAAGGCAAAGAGCGAUCAUUUUCUUACGACAUUGGUCAAGGUUUCGAAGAAACGAGGCGACCUAGUUCCCGAAUAUCAACGUCUUCAUCAUCGUCUAUCAAGUUACCAAGCAUGUCAGCUGAUCAAAGAGCGCGACUUACCAAACUUAUGAAGCCACGACCGCCAUCAAAAGAAAUGUUGUACUCUAAAUGAUUAUAUAUUCUCAAUGAAAUUUGGAAAAAAGACUAUAUACAUCCAAUAUGACUGAAGAAACAGAGUAAUAUCUCAACGAAAUCUCCACAGAAAUAGUACACCUAUUUCUAUUAUCAGUCAUACCCCAUAGCAAGAUGAAAUGACUGAUAACUGAACA